ACAUAAUCUCGAGCCAACUUCUCUCUACACCUCCCAGAAUCAUUUUCUCCUCCUUCUCUCUUCAUUCUUCAUCUCCAAAUCAUCAACCAAUCUUCAACAUCAAUUAAUCACUUUCUCAAUCAAGAUUAAAGUCAAGAUUAGCACCAAGCUCCAAGGAUUGUCAUCUAUCACAAGUUCAAAAAAAAAAUCAUAAAAAAGUGAUUAAUUAAAGUUCAAAAAAAAAAAAAAAAUUGAACUGUGAUUAAUUACCUUACCUGAGCAUUGGAGUUGGACUUGUUGACUGAACAUAUAUCUGGACAUUUGGACCAUUGGACAUAUUGUCACAUUUUAAUUCAACGGAUAAUCCGCCUAUAUGGUCGGACCGCUAAUUUGUACAUAUUAAUUCAACGGAUAAUCCGCCUAUAUGGUCGGACCGUUUACUUGUACAUAAUAAUAUAAAGGAUACCCCGCCUACAUGGUCGGACCGUUUAUUUUCCUUUUUUUGGUGGUUAAAACCCCAACUUUUUAAUUUCUACACUUUAAUUAUCGCAAUUUAAUUUAUGCACUUUAAUUAUCGCAAUUUAAUUUCCGCACUUUAAUUUCAGCAUUUUUUUUUAUUUUGCAUCCCCAAGCUUGUCGGCCGUGUCCGCUUGUUGGUGGCGUGCACUUUUUAUUUUAUUUCUUAAUAAUCCCCAGACUGUCGGCACAGCUGCAUCUUGGUGGAGACUGUAUUUAUUACUGUAGUUAUUUUUUUUUCUUCCUCUCAAAUCACCAUAUCUGUCGGCCCUGCCGCAUCCUGGUGAAUUACUGUAUAUAUUAAUACUGCUUUAAGGGCUCACUAGUCUUAUUCGGUUUAUACCAAUUGACUAAGUGCGAACCUUAAUUAAUUAAUUAAUUCCACAUUUUUUUCUUCUUCUUUUCAUCUCUCUCUUUUCCCAAUCCCGAUUCCCUUCUGCUUAUGCUUACACGUUCACGUGGUGCAAAUUGUGAAUUGUUAUUCUUCUCUGACAUUGAAAAGCACAUACGUGAACAGAAAAAAAUAAAAAAAAUGUCAAACGAUGUUGUUGUAAAUGAGCAGGAACCAGAUCAACAAAUCGUGGAUCAGGUUACAAGGACCAGGAAACCGUUGUAUGACUAUGUUACGCCUCCCGUGGAUGAGCAUGACAGUGUUAUUCCGCCGGAGGUUAACAUGAACCAAUUUGAAAUCAAGCCUGCUAUCAUCCACAUGGUUUCAAAUGACCGAUUUGGCGGAGCGCCAACGGAGGAUCCAAAUAAUCACAUCACAAAGUUCCUUCGAGCUUGCAACACCUUCAAAAUCAAUGGUGUGCCAUCUGAUGCUGUCAGACUACGCCUAUUCCCAUUCUCUCUACGGGAUCGAGCUCAGAGUUGGCUUGACUCUUUUCCAGACAAUCACUUCUCCACUUGGGAUCAACUUCAUGGUGAAUUUCUCAAAAGAUUUUUUCCGCCAUCUAAAACGGCGAAAAUCCGGAGAAUGAUUCAAAAUUUCAAACAAAAUCCCAAUGAGCCCCUCUAUGAGGCUUGGGAAAGAUUCAAAGAUCUUCAGCGACAAUGUCCACAUCACAACAUCCAAAACUGGCACUUGAUGACGACUUUCUAUGAAGGCCUAAGUGAAAAUUCUCGGAUACUUGUGGACGCGUCCGCAAAUGGAUCAUUCAUGUGCCUAGAACUUGAAGAGGCAGAAGAAUUGAUGGAACGCAUUUCAUCAAAUGGAUCAACAUGGUAUUCUGAGCGAUCAUCUGCUCCACCAAAAAUCGGAGGCAUGUACGAAGUUGAUCAAAUGUCUGCCAUAACCACAAAGGUCGAUAACAUGAUGACUCUGAUCCAAAAGAUGGCACAAGUCUCUCUUGUGCAAAACUCUGCAUCAACUCCAACUCCCGUUCCCGUUCUUAUGUGUGAAUCUUGCGGUGGACAACACAAUCAGUCCACUUGUCCAUGGGAAUCAAUGGAACAGGUUGACUAUGUCAACUACAACCGACAGCCCCAACAAAAUCAGUUUGGUAAUUUCAAUCCUCAAGGAAGAAACCAUCCCGGUUUUUCCUGGAGCAAUCAAAAUGGAGCUGCUAAUCCACAACCAUCUUACCGGAGUGCACCACCCGGUUUCCAAAAUCAACAACAGCAAUUCAGAGGUGGCCAAGGUAUUCUGAACCAGCAACAAUACAAACCCACUCAAAAUCUUCCAUACCCUUCAAAUCAACAACAAAAACCACUUCUACCCACUCCUGAAACAGCCCAAACUCCUGUCCUAGAAAACAUUGUUGACCAACUUCUCAAGUCCCAAUUAUCUCAAGCCGAAACCCUGAAACAAAUCACCGAAGAACUUGGUCAACUUCGGGCUCACAACAGGAUGCUUGAGAAUCAAAUUGCUAAUCAAGCAUCCACAUCAUCUACUAAGGUGACGGGUAAGCUCCCUGCUUGUCCUGAAAAUCCGAGGGAGCAAAUGAAUGUCGUCACUACUCGUAGUGGGAAGCAACAUCAAUCCUUGCCCCUUUCUAGUGAUGAACAAGAACAUGAAGUGUUGGAGGAAGGGAUCGUGCAACAACAGAAAGGUGGAAACAACAACAAUGAACAUGAUGUCGGUACCAUGCCGAAAUCAACUGAUGACCAUGAAGGAUCAAAGAAACAAAGAGAAAGUCCGAUAAGGAGAUACAUUCCCCCAGUUCCUUAUCCGAACAGAUUGAAGAAAGCCAAUAUGGAGGAGCGGAGAACAAAGUUUUUGAAUGUUAUCAAGCAAUUGGAUAUCUCAAUUCCUUUGCUUGAUGCCAUUACAGAAAUUCCUUCAUAUGCUAAAUUUCUCAAAGACAUUCUCACAAAGAAGAAGGA